CUACAAGUAUAGACACAAUGGGCAAUCAUAAUUGAAUGUAGGGUACUAUUUCGAGGAUAAAGUAUAUAAAUAAAAAAUAAAAACAUUUAGUGUAACCAAUCAAAUACAAGAAUUUCCAAUACAUUUUUCAACGGUUUGACCGAGUGACGGCGAAAUGAACUCGGCAAUCAGUGCUCAUUUGUAGCAGCUGUUUCCUUAUUGCAAUUCGAAAGGAAACUUUCCGACCUUCGCGUUCUUGAUCGUCUACGCGUGAAGUUAUGAAGCCUUGCAUAUUUGUCGUUUUUUAUUUGCAAUUUCUUUAAAAUAUGCAGAAAGCUUUGAAGAAGUAUUUUGUAAACAUGGACGAGUAUCUAGCCAGCAUCGGUCUCUACCGGAAAAUGAUGGCACGAGACGCGUCCUGUCUAUUUCGAGCCGUCUCCGAGCAGCUUUAUUACUCACAGAACUUCCAACAAAAGAUAAGGAAAGAUUGUGUCACCUUCAUGAGGGCAAACCGAUGCGAUUUUGAACCUUUUGUUGAAGGGUCAUUUGAGAAGUAUCUGGAACGUCUGGAGGACCCCACGGAAACCGCUGGACAAGUUGAGAUAAAGGCAUUGUCGUUGUUGUACAGGCGGUGCUUCCUCAUAUACAGGUACCCUGGGAAGCCACCAACUGAGAUAACUGAGAAAGAGUACGUGGAGAAGAUUUUGCUGUGUUGCUCCAACAAUGGCCACUACGACAUUGUGUACCCCAGGAACUACCCGAUCGAUGCAGCGCUGUGUCAGGCUCUGUUGUAUGAACUACUGUACACACAAGUCCUUGGUGUUGAGGAGGUGGAGUUGCAGGGCGCUUUGGAGGGGUUCCGUGGAGGAGGUCGGCGCUAUAGGAACAGCCUAUCGGUGUGCAGUGAGGACGCAGGCUAUGACACCCCCGAGGACAGGGGUCAGACUCAGAGGGACGAUUGGGAACUCAAUGGGUACAAUCGCACAGAGGACAAAGCCAGACCUGGAGCAGAGGAAGCGAAGACUCCAGAUGGACCAACAAAACUCUCUCUCCCGUACAAGGUGCUCAAAGCACUGGAUUCUGAGAUGUACAGAAAUGUAGAGUUUGACGUAUGGCAUGACAGUCGCAAAGAAAUGCAGAAGACUGAUUACAUGGUGUUUGCUGGAAGACAGUACUUCUUGGGAGACAAGUGUCAGGUUCGUCUCGACCCCAAAGGGAAGUAUUACAAUGCCUUCAUUCAGGAGGUGGGCACUCACCCCAGCGCUGUGACAGUGUUCAUCGAAGAGCUUGGAGAAAAACAUCUUGUGUCUCUGACUAACUUGAAGCCUGUGAACCCUGUCCCUGCCUGGAACAUCACUCCAAGCCGCAAGGGACCGUCAUACAGCAGGCCUGAGCAGUAUCCUGGAGAGAUGGACUCUGAGGUGAGAGGCCGGCGGCGCUUCUUUAAGAAGCCCAGAGGGAAGGAAAUGCUGAUGGUGUCUUACAAUCGAUCUCAGCCUCCCCGCUUUCGGCCAGGCCCUGGCGGCAUACCCCCUGGGCGCGCCCCUGGCAUGUAUGCCCCCGCACCACCACCAGGGACACUGCCCUAUGAACAUUAUCACCCACAUCCUCCACCUAGGCCCCCACGAGGAUAUGGCCCACCCAGGCAUCACCUUGUUGGACCAGAGGCGGCAUACUACCCUCACCCAGGAAAACGCUGCUACCAGAGCUUCGACAACUACUCAUUCAGGUCACGCCGAAGCAGGCGCCAGAUGCAUGCUGUCAACAAAGAGUGCCAGUUUAGCUAUGUCCCCGAGGCUGGGGAAGAGGCGCAGGACAUGGAAGGAACAAUCACCUUCUACGAGAUUGAGGAGGGAGAUGAGACCCCUUUCCCUCCCUUGCCGGGACAGGCUGUAGCAAACCCCAUGGUUCCAGCACCCCCUACCUACUGGAUGCAGCGGGGGCCGAGCCCCAUCCCCACGUCUGGCAAACAGGCCAUGACCUCAUCAGAGGAGGACGCUGACGAGAGGAGCAAUGGUGGCGACCAGGGUGAAUAUUCGGAGGAGUACAUCUAUACUGCUCAAGACCCAGGGUUCCAGAGCCCGUCUAUGUAUGCUGCGGCAGAGUCCACUGCCAACCUGACCAUUGAAGAGGGAGGAUCUCGUGCCGGCUCGCCACAAGAGGGCGUAGCUACCUACAGCUACUCACAGCAGGUGGUGGUGAAGUCCGCAGUUAUCACCUCUUCACAGGCUGUAAGCACAGCCCCAGCAGCUAUCUUCACCUCCAACUCCUCUUCCGCUAGCAGCUCUCAGAUCCCCCCAGCACCAAUGGCUCCACCCUCAAUUUUAUCCAUGCAGUUUCCUCCUUCCUCUCCCUGGUUUGUGAAUGAGAUGGGGGAAGCAGUCAGCCUCACCCCCCCUCCACCAUACUCCUAUGACCCCAACGGCAAUGACCUUCCACGAGAUUGCAAGGUCAUCCAAUAUUACUUUAAUUUAGGAGUCCAAUGGUACCAGCAGAGCUACUGGCACUCCAUGGUGCAGAUGCAGCAGGUGUAUCAGCAGCCCGCUGCCUCCCCUCCCUCUGAUCACACAGUUCCCCAGUCCUACCCAGAGCCUGGGAGAACUGGGCCUGAUGGCCAGGGAGACAUUCCUGCCAAUGGCACCCCCCUGGUCAUGGACCCUCCCUCAGCAGGAGCCCCAGGCAUAGUCUUCUACCCCUUGGUUCAGGACCAGUGCAGCCAACCCCCCCUCCACACCUAUGAGCCUUAUGUUCCGAUGCUCUCUGCCACCUACCAUUACCUCACACCCUGGAACUCAGGCCCUGCCCAACCCCGUGUGCUCGCAUCCUACUGCCCCUCCAAUCACCCAGUCAACUAUGUCACUGCACCCACACACCCAGGGCACUUUAUCCCUCCCAGCAUGUAACCAAGCACUGGGGACACGGGGAGGGAGGCAGGCUCCCUCUACUAUUCACCCACUCACAUUCACCCUAUGCCUGUAAAUGUUAAUUUGUGUCAAGUUUAUUCCACUGUUCCUCUGUUGCACUUUGCUAGUCAGUGGCUGUGUCUGAAAUGGCAUCCAUAGGGCUGGUCAAAAGUAGUGCUCUACGUUGGGAAUGUGGUGCAAUUUCAGACACAGCCGCGGUUCCAUCCCCACAGUGUUCAGGGAUGUUUAUGUUAAUAUUAAAUGUGUUUUAUUUUUUUGGCUUAAUUAAAAAAAGUUAUGUUUCCCA